AUGCUCCUCGUGUCCACCAUAUCUGCUGUGCCUGGGCCUCUUUCGCCCCCUAGCUCUCCCAGCAACAGCAGCCAGGAGGAGCUACUGGAUGACCGAGACCCACUGCUAGUCCGGGCUGAACUGGCCCUGCUUUCUACUGUCUUUGUGGCUGUGGCCUUGAGCAAUGGCUUGGUGCUGGGAGCCCUAAUACGACGGGGCCGGCGUGGACGCUGGGCACCCAUGCAUGUCUUCAUCAGUCAUCUGUGCCUAGCUGACCUGGCUGUGGCUCUGUUUCAAGUGCUGCCCCAGCUGGCCUGGGAUGCCACUGACCGCUUCCAUGGUCCUGAUGCCCUGUGUCGGGCCGUCAAGUACCUGCAGAUGGUGGGCAUGUAUGCCUCCUCUUAUAUGAUCCUGGCCAUGACGCUAGACCGCCACCGCGCCAUCUGCCGCCCUAUGCUGGCAUAUCGCCAUGGAGGUGGAGCUCGCUGGAACCGGCCAGUGCUGGUGGCCUGGGCCUUCUCACUCCUUCUCAGCCUGCCUCAGCUCUUCAUUUUUGCUCAACGAGAUGUGGGAAACGGCAGUGGAGUGUUUGAUUGCUGGGCCCGAUUUGCAGAGCCCUGGGGCCUUCGUGCCUACGUCACCUGGAUUGCCUUGAUGGUGUUUAUAGCACCUGCCCUGGGCAUUGCUGCCUGCCAGGUUCUUAUCUUCCGAGAGAUUCAUGCCAGUCUGGUGCCAGGGCCAUCUGAGAGAGCAGGGAGGCGCCGCAGAGGGCACCGGACAGGCAGUCCCAUCGAGGGAGCCCAUGUGUCAGCAGCCAUGGCCAAGACUGUGAGGAUGACACUGGUGAUUGUGAUUGUCUACGUGCUGUGCUGGGCACCCUUCUUCCUUGUGCAGCUGUGGGCAGCGUGGGACCCAGAGGCUCCACUGGAAAGACCUCCCUUUGUGCUGCUCAUGCUGCUGGCUAGCCUUAACAGCUGUACCAACCCCUGGAUCUAUGCUUCCUUCAGUAGCAGCGUCUCCUCAGAGCUACGUAGCCUGCUUUGCUGUGCUCAGAGGCACAUCACACCCAGCCUGGGACAUCAAGAUGAGUCCUGUGCCACGGCCAGCUCUUCUCUGACCAAGGAUACACCCUUCUGAGCAUUCACUGGGCUCUUUCCAUCCAAAGGCUCACUGUAGCUCGAAUGUCUGGAGUUGGCCCUGGGGGCACCAAGAGAGGGGUACCUUGGCUGUUCUUGGUCCUCCCUAGGUCUCAUUGUCCCCAGGUAUGCAAGAAGGAAUGUUCCAGGACUACAAGGAAACCCUUAAGUUGGCUCCUUUGUGCCAGACAUGGGACAAAGGACAUGGGACAAACUGGGGCAGAGGCUUCAAGAUCUAGGAGGGGAACAGUAACAGAGGUGCUUGUGCGUCUUAUCCUGGCAAUACCCUGUGGGUGAA